GUCACAGGAUGAAGACGACGAUGGCGCUUUCUUAACCUGUCACUUGUGGCUUUGCAGGAGCUACUAGCUAGCUACCAAUCAACACGGCCCCUAAUUGGCCUGUCCAUCUUAUUGGUUGCUGUGUGGGGGCGCCCCGGCCCUGGCCCCUCUACAGAAAAGCCUGCUUGCUUUUGUUUGCUUAUAAGGACCCCCAAAUCUUAGGUGAGAGGUUGGCAAGCUGUCUCAGAAUGGAGCCGGUGGAGCCUCAGCAGCAAGUGGAGCUCAACCGCCUGAAUGCCAGCUCCAGGCCAGGCACCAAUGGCGGGAGUGCAAGAACAGAGAAAGAAGAGGAAGUAGACGACUGCCCCAUCGAGGAGGUCCGGCUGACGGUGCCGAUCACCGACGACCCGGCAUUGCCCGCGCUCACGUUCCGGACAUGGUUCCUGGGGCUCCUCUCCUGCGCGCUGCUGGCCUUCUCCAACCAGUUCUUCGGCUACCGCCAGAACCCGCUGUACAUCUCCUCGCUGUCGGUGCAGAUCGUGGUGCUGCCUCUCGGCAAGCUCAUGGCGGCGUGCCUCCCCACCAAGGCCGUCCGGGUCAUGGGCCGCUCCUUCUCCCUCAACCCGGGGCCCUUCAACCUCAAGGAGCACGUCCUCAUCACCAUCUUCGCCAACACCGGCUCCAACUCCGUCUACGCCGUCGGCAUCAUCACCAUCGUCAAGGCCUUCUACCACCGGGAGAUCCACCCGCUGGCCGCCAUGCUGCUCACCCAGACCACGCAGCUCAUGGGGUACGGCUGGGCCGGCCUCUUCAGGAAGUUCCUCGUCGACUCCCCCUACAUGUGGUGGCCGGCCAACCUGGUGCAGGUCUCCCUCUUCCGGGCGCUGCACGAGAGGGAGACCAGGAGGCCCAGGGGAGGCACCACCAGGCUGCAGUUCUUCCUCACCGUCCUCGCCACCAGCUUCGCCUACUACAUUGUGCCCAACUACCUGUUCCCGACCAUCUCCACCGUCUCGGUGGCGUGCCUCGUCUGGAGGCGCUCCGUCACGGCGCAGCAGAUCGGGUCCGGCGUGUACGGCCUCGGCGUCGGCGCCUUCGGCCUGGACUGGGCCACCGUGGCCGGGUUCCUCGGCACGCCGCUGUCGACGCCGGCGUUCGCCAUCGCCAACAUCAUGGCGGGCUUCUUCCUCAUCGUCUACGUCAUCGUCCCCUUCGCCUACUGGAGCGACGCGUACGGCGCCAGGCGCUUCCCCAUCAUCUCCUCCCACGUGUUCAUGGCCAACGGCAGCCGGUACGACGUGAACAGGGUGCUGGGCGCCGGCACGUUCCAGUUCAGCCAGGCCGGCUACGACGGCGCCGGCCAGAUCCACCUCAGCAUCUUCUUCGCCUUCAGCUACGGGCUCAGCUUCGCGACGCUGGCGGCCACGCUGUCCCACGUCGCGCUCUACCACGGCAGGUCCAUAUGGGAGCAGACCAGGGCGACGGUGCGUGCCGCCGGCGGCGACGUGCACGCCCGGCUGAUGAGGAGGAACUACGCCGCCGUGCCGCAGUGGUGGUUCCAGGUGCUGCUGCUGCUCGUGCUCGGCCUCUCGCUCUUCACCUGCGAGGGCUUCGGCCGCCAGCUCCAGCUCCCCUACUGGGGCGUCCUCCUGGCCGCCGGCCUCGCCUUCUUCUUCACGCUCCCCAUCGGCAUCAUCACCGCCACCACCAACCAGCAGCCGGGGCUCAACGUCGUCACGGAGCUCAUCAUCGGUUACCUCUACCCGGGGCGGCCGCUAGCCAACGUGGCGUUCAAGACGUACGGCUACAUCAGCAUGUCGCAGGCCAUCAUGUUCCUGCAGGACUUCAAGCUGGGCCACUACAUGAAGAUCCCGCCGCGCUCCAUGUUCGCCGUCCAGCUCGUCGGCACCGUGCUGGCGUCGUCGGUCUACUUCGCCACGUCGUGGUGGCUGCUGGAGAGCGUGCCGGGCAUCUGCGACCCGGCGAGGCUGCCGGAGGGGAGCCCCUGGACGUGCCCAGGCGACGACGUCUUCUUCAACGCGUCCAUCAUCUGGGGCGUCGUCGGCCCGCUGCGCAUGUUCGGCCGCCUCGGGCUCUACGCCAAGAUGAACUACUUCUUCCUCGCCGGCGCGCUGGCGCCCGUGCCCUUCUGGGCGCUGGCGCGCGCGUUCCCGGACAGCGCAUGGGCGCCGUGGCUCCGCCUCGUCAACAUGCCUGUGCUGCUGGGCGCCACGGGGAUGAUGCCGCCGGCGCGCUCCGUUAACUACCUCAUGUGGGGCGCCGUCGGACUCGCGUUCAACUACGUCGUCUACCGGCGGUACAAGGCCUGGUGGGCGCGGCACAACUACGUGCUCUCCGCAGGCCUCGACGCCGGCGUCGCCUUCAUGGGCAUCCUCUCCUAUGCCGUGCUGCAGUCCAGGGGCGUCAAUGGCAUCGACUGGUGGGGGCUGCAGGUCGACGACCACUGCGCGCUGGCCAGAUGCCCCACGGCGCCGGGAGUCCGUGCGCCCGGCUGCCCCGUUCACUAGACACACUCAGGCACCACCCAGGGUAUUCUAUACCGGAAGCAGUAGUAAUAGUAGUAUAGCUAAUCUCAUCUCAUCAGACAGAAAAAUAUCAUUAUAUCACUGAAACAAAACUCGGAACAAUGAUUGCGAAGGCAUGCUAAAAUCAAAUGCGCCUUUGCUCAGACAGUUGGCAUGCAUGCCCUACUCCAGAAGCAAUUGUACAAAAGACAAACGUUUCCUGAAUAUGCAUGAAUAACGGUCAAAC